UUCAUCAGAAGUUUACAUCGAUGUUUCCUUCGUGUGAGAAAAAGACCAGCUAAAGAAACGAGUACGAUGGCUAUAAAUUCGAAAUAAGAAUUUUCAAGUGUCUUUAGAAUGGACGAUGCUUUGAUUCAGGCCUCUCAAGUGGGUGAUAUAGAUGCCUUGUAUAAACUAAUUUGGGAGGAUGAUGAUAUUUUGAGGCGAAUUGAUGAGAAAAUGUUCAUAGAUACUCCCCUACACUUAGCAGCUUGUUCUGGGCAAACUCAUUUUGUAGUGGAGAUGAUUAACUUGAUGCCUUCCUUCACCAAAAAAUUAAACAAGUCUGGGUUUAGCCCCAUGCUCCUUGCCCUCAUAAAUGGACAUUUCAAGUUGGUUUCUCUAUUUGUUCAUGCUGAUCCUGGUCUUGUUCGUGUCAGAGGAAGAGGGGGUCUUACUCCUUUACAUUAUGCUAUCAAACCAUGAAAACAUCUAUCUCAUGGUUAAUUUCCUGGCAGCUUGCCCAGAGUCUAUUGGAGAUGUGACAGUUCGAGGUGAGACUGUUUUGCACAUUGCAGUUAAAACAAACAUGUUAGAGGCUCUUGAAGUUCUUGUCGGAUGGUUGCAGAGAAUCUGCCAUAAAGACGCCUUGGAUUGGGUAGCAUUCAUUCCAAAUUGGAAGGAUGAGCAAGGAAACACUGCAUUGGAUAUUGCAGUAUCCAAUAUGCAAAUUCAGGCCAUUCAGUUGUUAGCUGAAAUAAAUGCUAAGAAUAGUAAAGGUGAAGAUGCUUCACAGAUCCUGCAACGUCAAACCCAAUUGGAUAGAAGAGAAGUUCUUAAAAUGCUAAGGCGCCACACUCCACUUGUAACAGCUUCAUCAGUUGAAAGUAUUGAAUGGCUUCCUGGCUUCUUAAGAUCAAAGACACUGUUUCCCGAAAGAUUAGCGGUUUGUAUCAAACGCCAGAGAAUGAGAAUCCCAGGCGAUGUACUCAAUGCUUUGCUAGUGGUUGCCGGGCUGAUUAUAGCAGGUACCUGCCAAACUAUGUACAAUCCCCCUGGUAGUUUUCGUAGGGACAAUAAUCUCAGCACCAAUCUUACAAAUAGCAGUACUCAUGGAGGACCAUCGCGGAAUGUUGCAGCAGAUUCGGCCUACAAUUCUACGGUGGUGGUAUUGGUCAACAGUUCAAUCCUUUAUUUUGCAUCCACCAUAGUUAAUCUUCUCCUGCCAGAUACCGUGGUUACAGAAAUAGUGGCAGUACUACUAUUUGGCUUGUCAGUUUGCUAUUCGAUGUUUCUUGUUAUCAUGUGCCCAUAUCCUGCAGGAACCGUCUUAUUACUCGCAUUGUUUUUGAUAUAUUUUUCUUUUCGCUAUAUUAAUAUGUUAGGAAAUAGGCAAAUUCAGCGACUGACCUGCUUUUACAACGCAAAGAGGUGACCUAAAGAACUUAGAUCAGCUUUAAGUUGAGGCAAGUGGAAUAAGAUGGAAAUGAUGUCAAGGCCUCUACGUUUCGUACAGAGGAUGUUUUCUGAAACGUGGAAGCUAAACGUGGUCUGAUGCGGCUGCAGAGUUUGGACUUGUCUGGUACAGGCGAGAUGUACCCUUGAAACGUAUAUUAUGAAUUUUUAUUGUAGUGAAAAUCUGGUUGUAAUGGGAUGUUUAUGUAGUGGUCUUUCAAUUAUUGGUGUA